CUUCAAUAACACGUAAACAGAAAAAACAAAAGUUACAGUGGGCUAAAGAAAAGCAAUCAUGGACUGUGGAUGACUGAACGAAAAUGAUAUUCAGUGAUGAAUCACGAAUCUGCAUUGGGCAGGGUGAUUAUGCUGGAACUUUGGUGCCUUUCUAAUGAAAUGUAUAAAGAUGACUGCCUGAAGAAAAAACAUGCAAAUUUCCACAAUCGAAGAUUCAUUAAGUUGUCAAUAAAUGCACAAGUUUAUAUUGAGAUUUCGGACACCUUUCUUAUUCCAUCAAUUGAAAGGAUGUUUGGUGACGAUGACAUUUUUCAGGAU